AUGGUGUUUCCUGAGAAAAUAAAAGUAGGAAUUUCACAACGUUGGAUUCGAACGAAAAUUCCGCCGUUUACGGAUCUUGUGGAUGUUGAAGACACAGCCAUCAUUGUCCCAUUCCUGCAAAAUUUAACGAACUUUUUAAAAAAUGAACAAAUUCGAUUUUAUAUUGAGAAUCCGAGAAAUGAAGAAAAUGGAUUAGUUACAACGGUAUUGGAAGGGUCCUUUUACAAAAAUGAUGAUUAUUUUAAAAAUAAUCGAAAUUCUCUUGCUACCAUUUUGUAUAUAGAUGAGUUGGGAAUAGCAAAUCCUCUCGGUUCAAAUACUACAAAACAAAUGUUGUAUAUGUUGUAUUGGACUCUCGGAAAUAUACCUCCAGAAUUUAGAUCAACACAAGAUGCUAUUCAACUUUUAGGAAUAGUGAAAACAAGUAUUGUUAAAAAACAUGGAUUGAGGGCAAUUUUGGAACCGUUUGUGAAAGAUAUUGGAAUUUUACAGAACGAGGGAAUUACGAUUCUUUGUAAUAACGAAGAAAAAACAUUUAAAGGAUCUUUGCUAUUUGCAGCAGGAGAUACGCCGGCUUCUGCAGAAAUGGGAGGGUUUAAACAAUCCGUAUCCGCUUAUCGUCUUUGUCGCACUUGUUUCACAAACAAUUCUGAUUGGAAAUCGAAUUUCAAUGAAACAGAUUUUAUUCUUCGAAAUGCAACCACACAUAUAAAUCAUGUUGAAGCUGUGACUGAGCAAAAUGUUACUUCAAGAGUAUUGCAUUUUUGGAAAUCCAGAUAUGGUGUAAAUGGUCCAAGUCCUUUGGACGGUAUACAACAUCUGGAUGUAACAAAAUGUUUUCCUCAAGAUGCAAUGCACGUUUUAAUCAUAGGAAUAUCAGAAAUAGCAGUAAGAGCCGUUCUUUCUUAUUUAAUUCUUGAUUUGGAGAUUUUUUCUAUGAGCGAAAUAAAUUCGAAGAUGGAAACUUUUGAUUUUAGUCAUUUCGGAGACAAUAAACCCAGUUGUAUUUUUUAUGAUCCGCUAAAAGAUAAUAAACCUUUGAAACAAAGUGCGUCACAAAUGUUUGCCCUUGCUCAUUGUCUACCAUUAUUGAUUGCCGAGUGGACCCAUUAUGACAACAGAGAGGAAAUCAAAAGUCGAAUUUUAAAUCACAGUCGACUUCUACAAAUUUUAAAUAUCUGCUUGUCCUAUGAAAUCCACAUAGACACAGUUGAUUUGUUGUCUCGAAUGAUCAAAAUUUAUAUAACGGAAUUCAAUAAUUUGUAUCCAAAUACAAUUGUGCCCAAAUUUCACUUUCUAAUUCACAUUCCAUUUUAUAUAAAAUUAUUCGGGCCAGCACGUCGGCAAUGGUGUUUUAGAUUUGAAACAACGCACAAUUUAUCGAAAGCUUUAGUUCCUGUUAUGCGAAAUUUUAAAAACAUGCCUUUCACAUUGGCAUAUCGGUAUCAAGCUCGUCUAUGCUCGAGGCUUGCCAGUCUUUCAAACAUCGAUUCUAAAAAAUUUAUCAACCAGGGACAAGAAAUAUCGCCAGGUACAACAGUUUUACUGGAAAACUUGCCAAAUGCAAAUUUAUUAUACAAUUUCGUAUUGGAAAAUAAUAGAGAAAAUUGUGAAAUUAUGAGGUCAAAGAAAGUAGAAAUUCGUGGGACAGUUUAUAAACCGAAUGAUUUGAUUCUUUUGGAGAACUCAGAUGAAUGUCUACCUGUUUUUGGAAAAAUAAUUGAAAUGUUUGUUGUGGAUGAAAAUGUCAUCAUUAUUUACAAUAUUUUAGAAACUUUGCUCUACGAGGAAAUGUUCAAUGCUUAUCACCUUAAAGAAUCUAGUGAUUACUCACAGUUUUCAAUUUCAAUUGAAAAUCUGAUGUUUCCACAUCCUCUUCCUGCAUUAAAAUUUCGGCAAAAUUUAUAUGUCCUUUUACUGGAUAAUGAGCGAACAGAAUUUUAUGGAUAA